AUUCUGGGCCGGCAGCAGCACCAGAGCCAAGAUGGCGGCCAGCAGGAGGCUGAUGAAGGACAACCCUCCAUAUGAUAAGGGGGCCUUCAGAAUUGAAAUCAACUUUCCAGCAGAGUACCCAUUCAAACCACCGAAGAUCACGUUUAAAACGAAGAUCUAUCACCCCAACAUCGAUGAAAAGGGGCAGGUCUGCCUGCCGGUAAUUAGUGCUGAAAACUGGAAGCCAGCAACCAAAACCGACCAAGUCAUCCAGUCCCUUAUAGCGCUGGUGAACGACCCCCAGCCCGAGCACCCGCUCCGGGCUGACCUAGCUGAAGAAUACUCUAAGGACCGUAAAAAAUUCUGUAAGAAUGCUGAAGAGUUUACAAAGAAAUAUGGGGAAAAGCGACCUGUGGACUAAAAUCUGCCGUGAUUGAUUCCAGCGAGUGUGAGCAGAGACCCCGAGCAGUGCAUUCAGACACCCCGCAAAGCAGGACUCUGUGGAAAAUUGACAUGUGCCACCGCCUGGCGUCUGCUUGUGGCAGUUACUAACUUUCUACAGUUUUCUUAAUCAGAAGUGGUCUAGGUAACCUGUAAAGAAAGGAUUAAAAAUUUAAGAUGUUCUAGUUCUGUUUUCUUUGUUUUAAAAAUCACUGCUUCAAUCUACUUUAAAAGAAUGGUGUUUCUUUUCCUGUCUAAAUUUAUCCCAAAUCUUCAAUUUAUAUUUAGCCCUAAGGUUUAAAAGAAAAAAAAGGAAAAAAAAGGUUGUGGUUCCCCUCUUCCCUUGCCACUCCCACCUUCUUGCAUUUAGUUUGUUUUCCACUCACUGGCUCCCCAAGCCCAGGCACCGCCUCCUGCAGGAGAUGGGACAGUGCUGGCAUGUCUGCUCCUCUCCUCCGUGCUGCACAGCCUGGUGUGGGAGUCAGUUCAGAUCUUGACUCUGACUUAUAACAUCCUUUUAAGAAGUUUAAAAAACAAGCAACCACCUCCACCCACCCACCCCUCUCCCAAAAAAACGCCGUGGAAAGGGAGGCCCAGCUCUUCUGUAAAACUCUGAUCAGAUGGGCAGCCUCUGAAGUCUGUGUUGUGAUGGAACUGUAACCCAGCCGGCCUCCUCUAGGGAAACCCCCCAACACCAGGCCUGUGAUGGUCCCAGGGGGGCCCGCCAGCCAAAGGAUGGGGGACUCGUGGGAGGAAUUUCUCACCAGAGGCUCCCGAGGCCACAGGUUGGCGCUUCUCCCUGCAGCUAUUCUAGAAGAUGUCCGGGUCAUUGCAGACUAAAACCAGAGUGUCCAUUUGAAAUUUGAUGCUCUCCUGUCACCGCGCUCCACCCGACCAGCCAACGUGGCUCUGGGCUCCCUCUUGCCACCUCGGUGCAGCAGGCCUUCAUCAGCACGGUCUGACCCUCUGGCAUUCUCCACUGUACCGGUACAAGCCUGGGGUUGCUGGCACCUAGCUGGCCCUGCCUUCGGAGCGUCCGGCCGGCCCAACCAAGGAACAGGAUGGCCUUCUCCUCCCUCUGGACUCACGGCCUUCGCAGAGUCAGGAUCUACUCGAAGCUCGCUCAGUAAUAUCCUUUACAUGUUUUAUAUUGUUUUGACUGCCUUUUUUUGUAGAAAUAAAAAUUGACCGUAGAAUUUAUCAUCAGAUGAACUUGUAAAGAUUUGAAUGUUAAUGUCUUCUCAAAGCAAGUGGCACUGUCCCUGAAAUAGUAGUGAGUCCUUGUCACUGACACCCAGAGGGAGCCAGUGGUCCAAGCACUGGGUGUCACCAACUCCACUUCUGCCAUGGGGACUUCCCUUCUGGGUUCUCAGGGGGCUAGAUCCUGUGGAGAUAACUUAAACUCUGCUUUCUGUUUUAGUUUUCCUUCUAUAACUUGAGGUCUUUCUGGGGCUUGCAGACCUGUGAGGCAGCUUGGCUUCAUCUGUGCAGAAGUGGGUGUGGUGGUGGUUAGGCCUUAUGACCUUGUGUAGUUGUGCAGGCGUGGGGCCUACGGUGUGUUAUGAACUCAGCUUCCUUAGUCCUAGGUACGUGAGAGGCAGGUUCUGGAGACUCCUAUGCCCCUGGGAUGGCAGGGGCGCUGGGCCAGCAGUCCACACCUGUCUCUUCAUUAGCAGAAAGGUGAUGAUGGACUUUAUUUCACCCACACGCAGAUUUGUAAUAAAAUGCCAAAUUCUGUCAGAUGCUAUCCAGACAAGCCACCAUCUGUUCUCGUUGCUUCUCUGAAUCCAGAAAUGUUGCCAUCCUUGGAAACUGUCCAUUGCUUCGUAUUUCCACCAGCGUAAAUCUGCCCGCCUGUCGCACCCUCCCUUCUCCGCUCGCCACUGGGAGGUCGUCCACCCUGGUCAAAGCUGGCAGCCCCUCGGGGACUCAUACCCUGGCCUUAUCAGGGCAGUGGGUGGUCCCCGCUCCCACCUGGUGCCUGCUCCGGCAGCAGGCUGAGGCCGAGGAGCUCUUGUGGGCAGUCACCAAGCCCUCGGGCAGGCAUGGAGCUUGCUGGGGGUGGCCUUGCUACUGAGCCCAGUCAGCUGGGUCCUCCAGAGCAGGGGAGAGCUGGCCAGCAGCCCACUGACCGGGCCCACUCAGGAAUUCACACUCCCGGGUGGGGUUCCUCGAAGCACGCCCAGUCCCCCGCCCCUCCCCCCUUGGUGGGGACUAGGCUUUCUAAGAUGCUGCGAUCCGCUCUGCUGCCCUUAAUAAAAAUGCUCUCGGA